UGGAAAUUUAAGCAGCCAGAUGAAGACAUGGGCAGCACUGAGCCUUCAGAGAGCUCGGUGAUGAUCAAUGAAGAUCCAGAGAAUGAAGAUGAGCAGGAGCUUCCAGAGCUGAGGAUCGUCCUGUUCGGGAGGACGACGGUUGGGAAAAGUACGCUAGGAGGCAUCAUCCUAGGGGACAGUGAUGCAUUCACGUCGAGUGAUCCUCAUGGAGAGCGCACAAAGACCUGCCACGUGGAAAGAAAGACAGACUCUGACAGUCACAGCGUGGUUGUUGUGGAUACUCCAGGUCUGUUUAAAAUGGGAUCAAGUGAAGAGGACGUGGUGAAAGAGAUCAAGUGGGCCACUGAAAACGUUGAACCUGGUCCUCAUGUGUUCCUGUUGGUGGAAAGGCUCAGAAUCAUCACAUCUGAAGAGUUAAAAGCACUGCAGGUUUUUGAACACACUUUUGGCAAACGUGCAGUGGCCUACGUUACGGUGGUGUUCACCCAUAAAAACCAUCCGCGAGGGAACGAAGCUGACAUAAAAGAGGGCAUGAAAGAGAAUGAGCACCUCAGGGAACUGAUUGAACGGUGCCAGUGGAGAUAUUUUAUUUUUAACAUUGCUGACAGGAGCCCUGUUCAAGUCACCGAGCUGCUGGAGAAGAUAACUCAGGAGAGACAAGAUUACUCGGACUUCUUCUACACGCCUCAGAUGCUCCAGGCGGCUGAAAAAGCUGCGAACGAGGAGCGACGCGAAGACGACCGCAGGAGGAAAGCAUCAGAAAACAGACUGGCUAUUCUUGAGAAGAGCGGAUUGAUGGGAAUAUUUCUCGGGAGCGUUGUUGGGUAUUUUAGCUGUGGUGGUGAGCUGACGCCUACAUCAGGAGCUCUACUGGGAGCUUUACUGGUGAACGAUACAGGUCAGCCCAUCCAGUCUCCCAGAGGAGGACAUCUGAGAGCGUUCUCCUGUGGAGAGCUCCUGGAGCUCAGAGACUAUCAGGACACAAAGAGAAGAAGACUAUGUGCAGCUGCCUCCGAAGUGGAAAGGAAUUCCCAAGUCCCCAAGCCCAACAGGAUCCUUCAGCUUGAUGGCUCCCUUCACCUCCGGUGCACACCAUCUGGUUUGGAGAUUAACACUACAAUAGGCACCAACCGCCUUGUGGCUGCCUCAACAAAGGAGGUGUGGAACAUGGUCCAUUCGGACUCUGUUCCCAGCCUCCCUCAGUAUGCCGUCAAAGUUCUGCCAGAGUUGGGAACAGGAAACAGUCCUGUAAAAGGGCUUUGGUUCACGUCCACCUCUUUUUAG